AUGAUCUGCAGGUGCACCCUGAGUGCCUACUCGCGGGCGCUCAUUGGCCAGGCCCCAGCCCCCAACCGCCAAAUCACGACCCUCGCCCCUCAUCACGGCGCUUACAUCUCACCCCCUCCCGGUGACAACCUGCCCCCAUUGGCCAUGGUCGCUGUGAUUGCUCUCGCAUGCCCGGCAAGACUGGCAGCCAUCCCAGUACGACCACCCCAAAUGCUGCAGAGACCAACGAACGGCGGGCGGCAUGCCGUGAGGCCCAUGGCCCUUAAACCUGCCACCGCCCAUGGGGACCAGCGCGGCUCUUCUCUUUCUCCCCCUCCUUGA